GGGAAAGCGAUGACAUAAUCGCCGACCCUUGGAUAAGGCCAGCUUAUCGGUAAGCAUGCGACAGCCAGGUGUCCCGAAGUCCAAUUCACAGACAAACCUACCAAACUCCAGCUACACACGGACAUGACAAUCCCAGCAUCAUGCGACGACUCAAUUUGGUUCUGCUAGCCUCCCUACAGCUCUGUCAAGCCCGGCAGCACAGCUUUAGCAUCCACGACGACCUUCUCGCGCACCCGCAGUUCGAGAUUGUCUAUUCUGAUGACUUCAUCUCAGAAACCGAUGCCCUUGCCAUCCUCGAGUCGUCGCGCACAAGUCGAGGGGCAUCCCCAGCCGAUGCCACGCAAUCCGAUCUGACCAGCCGUGUGCGCGAGUCCGCAGCGGCCGAGGCCCGGAGUACAAAAAUCAGCGAUGCCGAGGACGAGGAUGUCCAGAUUUCCAAGACAUACGAGCUCAUCAACAGCCCUCCGUUCCGCUACCUUUGCGCCGUGCCCGUCAUCGCACCCCCCCCCGCAUUGAACCGAACAGCAACGGAGCUGGCCAAGGCCGAGGAAGCUCGCGAGCAUAGCAGGGCCUCGGCCAAGGGGUGGGAGCUGAUGAGCGUGCUCGACGGGCACUGCAUGUACUUCACGUCGGGCUGGUGGAGCUACAGCUUCUGCUACGGCAAGAAUGUGGUCCAAUUCCACGCCGUCGCGAGCACCCGACCCGGCGAUCCUCCCACCAGGGACCAGAACACCCAGGAGUACAUUCUCGGCAGGGUGCAGGCCCCAAAACCUUCAACCGGCCACUCGGACCACGACGGUCAGACCAAAAGCCUCGCCCCGCCAAACGCCCAGCUCCAAGUCAAAGGCGACCAGCGCUACCUCUCGCAACGCCUCGAAGGCGGCACCAUCUGCGACCUGACCGGCCGGCCGCGCACCAUAGAGAUUCAAUACCACUGCAGCCCCGGCGCCACCGCCGACCGCAUCGGCUGGAUCAAAGAAGUCACCACCUGCACCUACCUGAUGGUGGUCUACACCCCGCGCCUGUGCAGCGAUGUCGCCUUCCAGCCGCCCAAGGAGACCCGCGCCCACCCCCUGCGGUGCCGCCCCGUCAUGCGCCCGGGCAGCGAAGAGGACCAAUCCCUCUGGCGCCGCCACAGCCAGCAACACAACCUCCUCGCAAGCAGCAGCCAGAACCCCUUCCAGUCCCUCAAAGACGCUACCGCCGCCGCGGGCGGCUCUCUCCCGCAGAAUUACUUUGCCGGCAGCACCAUCAGCGGUAUUGCCGUUGGCGCCAAGAGAUACGUCGGCGAUCAGCACGCGCACAAGCUCACCCUGCCGAGGGGUGUCUCGCGGCAGCCUGGGAGUAGCAGCAGCGGAAACUCAGGCGGAGGCGGACUGGUGGUGGAGAUCCUGGCGAGCAAGAAGAAGGAUUCUGCCAAAGUCGAGGUCAUGAGCGACGAGGAUCUGGAGAAGCGAAAUCUGGAUCCCAAAACAAUCCGGGAGUUCCGCGAAGAAAUGGAGAUGCUGGCGGGAGAUCGCGGGUGGAAAUUGCAACUUGUCGGGACGGGGGAGCAGGCUGAGUAUAUUGGUGCUUUUGAUGAGGAUGAGGGUGGGGUGGAUGGUGGUGGUGGUGGUGGUGAAGGACGGACGCAGGCUCUGCCACAGAGGUGGGAUACGAGGACGGGUGAGGCUGAGCCGGCUGCUCUGGAAGAGGAGGAGGAGGUGGAUGGGCAAGAGGGUUCGGAGGAGGUGUUUUUCAAAGAGGAAUUGUAGAUGGGUGUAGGGUGUAGAUUGGUACGUAGCGGUACGUAUUGAUCUUCUAUUUAUUCACGUAUUGUUCUACC